AUGUCCAGUCUGUUCCCGAUCUCCCUCCACAAUCUGAAUUCACGUUCUAUUGGGGCAAUUGCGGGCUUCGCUGUCGCAAUAGUUUUCACAUGGAGGCUGCUGAGACCACCGAGUGGACCUCAAAGAAGGCAACCCAAGCGGCAGGCACCUGCAUCGAGUAGUUCUGGCAUCAAUUCAAAUUCAAAUGCAACAUUGACAACUCCAGGAGUUUCAUCUUCAGAUGACUCAAGAACCCAAAACGUUGUUGAUGAAUUUUUUCAGCCAUCCUCGCUCACUGACCCAGAAGGGCGGCUAGGCCAAUGGGAUCUCGCCAACAGGUCGGUGGCCUCCAUCUGCAAGCUGGUCGGCGUUUCCUGCUGGAAUGAGAAGGGGAAUUGCCUCAUCAGCCUCCAGCUCCCGUCGAUGGAGCUCGUCGGAAUGCUCCCGGAGUCUCUCAAGUUCUGCCACAGCCUCCAGAGUUUAGACCUGUCCGGUAACGCUCUCUCCGGUUCGAUUCCUCCUCAAAUCUGCACCUGGCUUCCUUACCUCGUAACACUGGAUCUCUCCGGCAACGCUCUCUCCGGUUCCAUCCCGCCGGAGAUCGUCAAUUGA